AGGUUCUUGCUGUUUCUGCCUGAUUCAUGGGUGAUCAGUAACGGACCAUGAAAUGAUAGCUCGUCAUGAGUCCUGAUCCCUUUCUACCGUGACGUUCCUGAAGUUACAUAAGCACAGUAAAGAUCCACCACUUCGGCUUGUCGUUUCUAAAAGUGGCAAUUUUGAUACGUAGAUUCCGGAUUACUUCGGACAUGGUCAGGCGGAAUUGUGGUAUUUUCAGUAAUCGUAGCAAGCAGUGUCCCAUUAACGAGCGCGAUAGUGCUGUAGUAUCGUGUUUCUGGUAGUGAUACGGGACAAUGCCGCAUUAGGGAGCGCUGCAGUGCUGUAUGAUUGUAUCCCCAGCAGUGAUGCGGAUUAAGGGCGAAGGAUGGCGACGUCAGCUCGUCGCAGGGCCGGAUUCGCCAGUCGCAAAGCGUCGCGAGCGGCCAAGGUGUUCGCCUGGCUGGUCGACGACGCUGACGAGUCUCAGGCGACGUUCGGCUGCGAUUCAUCGCCUGGUAGCAAUCCCACGCCUGGAUCCGUCGCUGAUGUAGCCCCAAAACAGGAUCUUCAGGCCCAAAGAAAGCCGCUGCUAAUUGAGUCGAUUCCCAGUACACAUGACGCCCAAAAAACGGAUGGACAGGCACAACGAAUCCAGCCGACGCAGCAUCGAGAUGCACGUGAAGGCCAUGAGAGGGGAAUGGCGACAGACCAGAAUCUAGAGAUUCACAAGGAGCAGACGGAGCAUCAGGAUGCACGUGAAGGCCAGGAGGAUGGAAAGGAGGCAGACCAGCAGCUGGCAGUGAUGCUCAAGGAGCGCAUUGGGAACCAAGGCACAGAGACGAAGGGUGACUCUGCAAAUGAUGACUCUGCAAAUGAUGACCCUGCAAAUGAUGACCCUGCAAGGCGGAACGACAAAGCUGCUGAGAACGACAAGGCGGCUGCUGGGAUGCAGAGGGAGAAAGGUCAAGCGGAGCACGAGCAAGUCAAGAAGGAUCCUGCAGGCAGCAUAGCAGCAGGACGAAGGGCUGCUGAACGCUCACUGGUCGAAUCAGCAGGAGCCAAACCAGGAGGAGUCAAACCACCAGCAAAUGGUUCUGUUGCACCUGCUCUGGUCAAGGCUGGCCGAGAAGCAGCAGACGGGGCAGGCGUGGACGGUGAUGAUUCGUCUCUCCUUCCAUUGGACGUCCACGAUGGUAACAGUGCGAACCGGCAAGCGGCCAUUCAGUGCCGUGAGGCGCUUAAAACAGUGGCAGGCGUGGACGGUCGUGAUUCCUCUCUCCUUCCAUUGGACGUCCGCGAGCGAAUCAAGGCAAACCGGCAGGCGGCCAUUGAAAGACGAGCAGAGAGGCUGAGGCAGCAGGUGGAGGGGGGGGUGGAGAACGGUGAUAAGGGGAAGCAGCAGCAGCAGCACCUCCAGGACCAGCAGCAGCAGCAACGAGCACCAUCGUACCAGCAGCCUCAUAAGCCAGAGCAGCAGCUUCAGGGCCAGAGCCAGCAACAAGUGCAACAGCAGCAUCGGCAGCAACCAUCAGAUCACCACUGGAAUCGAGCACAGGAGCAGCAGCAGCAGAAGCAGCAGCAGCAUCCAGCACAGCAGCAGCAGCAGCAUCCAGCACAGCAGCAGCAGCAGCAUCAAGUGCAGCAUCACCAGCACCAAUCACAGCAGCUGGGACCAUUGGCUCCAUUGCAGGUGUCCUUGGAGCUCGUUUCAGCAGACGAGUUCUGUCUCUUCGCAGAUUGGGUGACAAACGGGACUGUUUAUAAGGAGUACAUGAGAAGGGCCCGAGGAGAAGGGGGUCGAGGGUCGGGUGGGAGCGGCAGCAGACAAUUUGUUAUAGGUAGAGAGAAUCAAAAGAUACCAGUGACUGGGGAUGCAGCUAAUACUGGGUGUUCUUAUAACGAGAAGUCAGUGCAGCAGAGAGAGAUUGCAGGAAGGCCUCAGAAAGCUACAGACGGGAAAUCAGCGGGCAACAGGAGGAUGGGGUUAGACCACCAGGGUGCCCUUGCGUUCUGCACGCGCUUCGUCAAGGCUCAACCAAUCCGGUGGCAGCACGUGGCAACAGAGGCAUCAAGGGGCGUCACCCGCCUGGUGCCUGUGUUCCCCCUUCGAUUCUACGACUCCCUCCUCUUCACCCUCCGCUCCAUCCCUCCCUUCCAAGCCUUCCAACCGCUGCUCCCGAACCAACUCCCGGACCAGUCCCGGUCCAUCCCUCCCUUCCAAGCCAAGCUCCCGGCCCAGGGCUCCGACCUGUCAGGCUCGUUGGUUCCCUCACAUAGCGAGCGAGUGAGCGUGGGAGUGAGGAUACAGGGCGUGCCUGUGAGUACGUUGGCUGCGUUAAGGGAGAGCAAGGAGAGGGAGAGGUUGAGAGGGAUGGUGGAAACAGCAGAAGCAGUGGCUGAUGCAGAAGCAGGAGAGGCAGAGGCAACUUCUAGAGGUGUGGGAGCGAAUCUCGGCUCAGCUCUGUGCUCUAGUGCUGCUGGUGACACUGGUCUGGAAGAUGGCUCGGCGACUGGUUCGGCAAACGGUUCGUUACCUGGUUUAGCACCUGGUUCGGCACCUGGUUUGACAAUAGGUUCAGUGCGAGGUUCGGCAAGGAGUGUGCUGGAUCGGGAGAUGGAGCGGCGGCUGCCAGGUCAGCUCCGGCGAGCGCUGCUGCCAUUCCAGAGGGAGGGGGUGAAGUUUGCCGUGCAGAGAGGAGGGCGGUGCUUGAUUGCGGACGAGAUGGGAGUCGGCAAGACAAUACAGGCCAUAGCAGCAGCAGCAUGGUACAUGGCAGAGGGCCCUGUCCUCAUAGUGUGUCCGGCGUGCCUCAGGCUGCAGUGGGCCGAGCAGCUGGAACGAUGGCUGCCCUUCCUGCGGCCUUCCCAGAUCCACGUGGUGUUUGGCCAGCGGGACGAUCUAGUGGAGGAGGACCCAGGGGAGGGGUCUCCUGGCGGUGGCACGGAUGGCAGCAUGAAGGGGCACACGGACAAGGCAAAUGGCCCAGCCCCAGCAGUGGUGAUCACAUCAUUUACCAUGGCAGGGCGGCUGAGACGAACGCUGAUGAGGAGGCGAGGGGGUUGGGGCAUGGUGAUAGUGGACGAGGCUCACGUCCUCCGGACUGGCAGGAAGCCGUACGACUGUUUGGAGACUCGAGUGGUGGUGGAUGUCAUUCGGCGCACAAAGCGGGCCAUCCUGCUCACCGGCACUCCCUCCCUCUCCAGGCCGUUUGACAUGUUCAACCUGGUCGACAGCCUCUGGCCCGGGUUGCUCGGCAUGUCCAAGUACGAGUUUGCCCGAAACUACUGCGACAGGGAGAGGGACAGCAAGGACUUUUCGAGGGGUAUUCGCCUUCGCGAGCUGCACAUUCUACUGUCACACACCGUCAUGAUUCGGCGGCUCAAGUCUGAGGUGGUACUCCAGCUGCCACCUAAGCGCCGCCAGGUCAUCAGGCUGCGCCUGGAGCCAGUUGACGUGGCACUUGCGGUCCAGAGAGUUGCUGAGCUGUCAGGGGGAGAUGCUGUGGCGGAUGCAAAUGAACGGUCUGAGGAUGAUGGAGCCGAGGGGGAGGAGGGAGGGGAGGGGGAAGACGAGGAAGGAGGAGAGGAGACGGGAGAGGGAGUAGAAGUUAGAGGAGGACGGGAGGAGGGAAGGGAAGAUGAUGAUGAUGACGGUGAUGAUGGGGACGAAGAAAAGGAGCUGGAGGAAGAGAAAAGAAUGGGUGAAUGUGGCAACAAGGAGUCGGAUGCGGAAAGGAGCAGUGAGCCCAGGAUUGAGACUUGUAAGGCGGGUAACCGGCAAGGAAAAUCUAGGAUGCAGGCCGCAGGCGAGGGUAUGCAUGUGAGAAGGAGCAAGGGGAAGAGUGGGCGAGAUUCAGCUCAAGCUGCCACUACUGCUGGAGCAGCGACCGUUGGUCCCCCUCCCAUGAGCAGUGAGGGUGGUGGGGGUGGCCUCAGCACAGCGCCGGGGUCUGUGAGUGGCGGUGCAACGGAUGGGAAGAGGGCCUUAAGGGCCAGAAGAGGGAGGUUGGCCAAGCCUACUGAAUCUGCCAAGCCUACGGAACCUGCCAAGCCUGCCAAAGCGGCAAUGCAGUUUGAGCUGGUUCGGGUGGAUGGCACUACGCCUCCUCUGGAGAGGGCCGAGGCUGUCAAGAGGUUCGUCACCGAGCCUCAGGUCCGGGUGGCCAUAGUGGGCGUGACGGCGGGCGGCGUGGGCUUGGACUUUAGUGCGGCACAGACGAUUGUGUUUGCGGAGAUCCCGAGGGCGGCAGCUGACCUGCUGCAGGGGGAGGACAGAGCCCAUCGGAGAGGGCAGAGAUUCCCUGUGAAUGUGGUGGUCUUCUGUGCUAAGCCAAAUGACUCAUCCGACCAUCCACUUCGCCAUACGGUGCCCCAGUACUCUUCACACCGAAACCGGACGGAAGCCUGCGCAUGUGCAUUGAUUACCGAGCUCUUAACAAGCAGACCAUCAAGAAUAAAUAUCCAAUACCGCGAAUCGAUGACCUGCUUGACCAGCUUCGGGGAGCUACGGUAUUUUCCAAACUGGAUCUGCGGUCUGGAUACUGGCAGAUACGGAUGGCGGACAACUCUAUCCACAAAACUGCUUUCCGAACUCGGUAUGGAUCGUACGAGUAUUGGUAAUGCCGUUCGGAAUCACCAACACACCGGCGACAUUCCAAGCCGAAAUGAACCACAUUCUACGACCACUAUUAGACGAGUGCGUGAUGGUAUACCUGGACGACAUCCUCAUCUACUCGCGCAACAUGAAGCAGCACGUCGAACACCUGCGACGCGUCUUUGAAAUUCUUCGACGAGAACGAUUCUACGACUCACGGGACGAGACGGCGUGGCAGAAGUUGUGCCGCAGUGCGGAGAGAGUGUCAGCCGCUGUGGAUGGGGGAAGAAGCACGAAGUGGGCCUGCACGUGGAUAGCGUAAUUGACCAAUCUG